AUCACAAAAUGUCACGUGAUGUUUUAUUAUAAAUAGAAAGAAGAAACAUUAACACACCGUAUUCCAAUUUUGUUUAUCAAGGGCAAGACCAUCUUCAAAUUAGAAAAGCGAGUUAGGGUUUCUUUUCUUUUUUUUUUUUUUUCAGCAGAGAGGAGCAAUCGAAGCGAAUCGAAGAUGCCGAAGAACAAAGGAAAGGGAGGAAAGAACCGAAAGAGGGGAAAGAACGAAGCUGAUGACGAGAAACGAGAGCUAAUCUUCAAAGAAGACGGCCAAGAAUACGCACAAGUCCUCCGCAUGUUAGGCAACGGCCGAUGCGAAGCCAUGUGCAUCGACGGUUCCAAACGGCUCUGCCACAUACGCGGCAAGAUGCACAAGAAGGUCUGGAUCGCUGCCGGCGACAUCAUUCUCGUUGGACUAAGGGAUUAUCAAGAUGACAAGGCUGACAUCAUCUUGAAAUACAUGCCCGAUGAAGCUAGGCUUUUGAAGGCUUACGGAGAGCUCCCUGAGAAUACGAGGUUGAAUGAAGGCAUUGCUGGUGGGAUCGAUGAGGAAGAUGAUGGCGGCGCCGAUGAUUAUAUUGAAUUCGAGGACGAGGAUAUUGAUAAGAUCUAAAGUUUCUCCUUUUUUGGUUUUUCAUAUUUGGGAUGCUAAAUUUAUCCAAUAACAGUGCGUUUACCUUUAACUAUAUUAAUGUUAUUGAUUUCUCUUGAAAUUUGACGUGGAUUUUUAGUUAUUGAUCUUGAUUC